UUUGUAGCUUUAUGUCUCUCUAGGCUACAGUACCUCAAAAGUCACGUGAGCUGCUCAGCCAAUUGCAGUCGAGUCUGUGAAGGAGCAACAACACAACACAAAUGCCUCAAAUACAUUUACGCUGAAUGAAAGAAAGAGGACGGUUCGGGUUCACCUCGCGUUGUUGUCACUUUUUCCUUCAGCCGAAGUGUGAAUUCCAUUUCUAGAUAUUUAAUGAACAUUUAUCUCCAAAUAGUUUAAAGUCAUUGUUUACUGGCGUGCGAAUUUUAGUGGCGGAGGCUAUUGCAAACCGCGCCAAUAUACACAACCGACACCGGUUUCUCUUUGUAUUUUUGCUUUAUUACUAAUGAUACUGUGUUUUGGAUUUUGUACAUUAUUAUUAAGGCUGAACUGCACUGUGCAUGGGCCCGCGGUCAACUCCACUCUGGCCGCAGCGAGUCCCUGUCCUGUCGGUCUAUACUUCCACACAGGGAUUGCGACGGACACUGUAAUAUGCUAGGACCAUGUUCAAAAAUGUUUUUGGUUCGGGAUUUUUGGUAAGAACAGCCCAUGUGAUUCUAACAUGGGUCAUUACCCUCAUACUCUUUCUACAUGACACAGAACUAAGGAAGCAGGAGGAGACGGGUCAGCUGGCCCAGCCAGUGCUCUUCGUCUUGCUGGUGCUGGUGUCAGUGCUGCUGUAUUUUGCAGUGUCUCUGAUGGAUCCGGGCUUCAUCCUCUCUGAUGACAGUGACAUGCAGUUUACACUGGGAGUGACUGAGGAGCAGCAGGACAUGAUCCCACAGACCACAAAAUCGUUGCGCCAGCGCCGAUGUGGCCACUGUCUGCUUCAGCAGCAACCAAUGAGAUCAAAGCACUGCCAGACAUGUCAACACUGUGUCAGGCGGUAUGAUCAUCACUGUCCCUGGAUUGAAAACUGUGUUGGCGAGCGAAACCACCGCUGGUUUGUGCUCUACCUGGUCAUUCAACUGAUUGUGCUGCUGUGGGGACUGCACAUUGCCUUGACGGGGUUCAGUUACGGACCCACCUGGGAGCUGUGGCUGCGCUCCAAUGGCAUGCUGCUAGCUGUGGCUGUGCUGGUGGCUGUCUUGUCCCUUAUUGUUCUUCUGCUACUUGGCUCACAUCUCUACCUGGUUUCUCUCAAUACCACCACCUGGGAGUUCAUGUCUCGACACCGGAUCUCAUACCUCAAGCACUGUGGAGCCGAUGAAAACCCGUUUGAUCGAGGACCUUUGCACAACCUGUGGGUUUUCUUCUGUGUCUGGGGCACAGUGGUGUGGGAGCAGGUGUAUUUCAGGGAGGGGACUGACCAGGUUUAAUAGUAUCAUCCAAAGACUAAACAACAUUUUUUUUGCCCAAUAUGUCAAAUAGGAUUUAGACACUUGACUUGUCAGAGGUUUCCUCUGCAUCGGUGCUAAUGUGCCAUAAUGAUGUAAAUGAUUUAUCUACCUUCAGUGUGAAGUUCUACAAUUGUAUGCUUGUUUGUGUUGCCAUCAGGAAUUUUGUCUCUUCCCUCUCCUAGUGGUCGUUUGGUGUCUUUAUUUACAGGCACUAUCGCAGGUCAAAAAAUAUUUAAUAUAAUAUUUAUCUAAUUAUCUAUUUAUCUUUGAGAUUCAUGCCUAAAAAAUAAGGAAACAAAUAAACUUGACCGCAACAGUUAUUACAUGGCCCUUUUACUCAUUGAAGUAGUUAUCUUUAUUAUCCAAUUCAUUGACUGUUCCAUUUUUUGGAAGUUUAUAUGCAUUAUAAUAUUACAUCACACAUUCUGUGUGCUAGUGUAGGCAAUCUGAUACAUUUAACUGCUUUGAUACAUGUAAAGAAAUACUUUAAAAUAUUGUGAGGUAAUGUCAAGUCAUGUACAGUUAACAGUAUUUACAAUAAAGUGAAGCUAUAAUUUUUUAAUUGUUUAAUGUUUACUCAACAUUUAUGACUUAAACUUUUGAUAGUUAGCACAAUUUAUAUAUACACCACACCAUUUUGAAACCUUUUGGUAUUUUUUGCUGUUUGUAUCUUUAUUAAAGUUAGCUCCCACAAUACAGGUUAUUUAUUUGAAUGCAAUAGAUUUUGCUUCACAGUAGCUUGUGCAAUAAACUUUGUAAUAGAGCAAUAAAUGUAAAUGUGUUGUGUAACAUUUUAUAGCUGCAGUACUUAUGUAUACGAUGUAUGCAAUCCUGUCUGCAUUACUUUCAACUGUCCACAAUAAAUUCAUGUUUUCAGUAA